AUGCCUGCCCUAGCGCGGAUUUCGGAGACUGUGUUUAACACUGUCUUCCGCCGAAACGCUGUCUUCCUCACGGCCGUUUUUACUGGUGCUUUCUUCUUCGAAAUUGGAUUUGACACAGCUACGAACCGAUUAUGGGACAGCUGGAACCAAGGGCGGCAAUGGAAAGAUAUCAAGCACAGAUACAUGACCGCCAACGAGGAUGAAGAAGAGUAG